GUCAGAGUUGACUAGAACAUGUGGUUAGACAUGGCUGCGCCCUGCUGGCGUUGAGGACCGUGAGCGGUGAACAGAGGAUAAAAGUAAUAAAGCGUUAUUUACAGGCUCGUUGAUCAUGUCGGACGUGGCGACGUCUGCAAACGACACAGCCCAGGGGCAGAAAUUAUCCAGGGCAAUGAUUAUAGAAAUUAUGACUAAAAAGUUUGAACGUCUAUCUGAUAUGGACAGAAAGCUGUUUUCAUACGGUCCCGUAUAUUUGGCUGGAAACGCUGGUUUUGCUGGAUUGGUUGCCAAUAGCUUCUACCGACGUGCACUCAAUGUCAGUCAAGGAAGAUUUACUUCCAGUCUUCCUAUGGCUGUUCUUCCCUUUUUGACAACAGCAGCACUUUACACUGCGACCGUAACAAACCCUAUAAUGUCAGGUGAUCUGAACUGCCCAACUUGCAUCCUGAUAAGAGGGGCACUGGUGGGUGUGGUUGGUGGGGGCAUAUAUCCUAUUUUAUUAGCCUUACCUGUCAACGCUGGACUUGCAUCAAGGUAUAGCAGCGCACCAAUGCCAGAAAAAGGAAAUGCUUUACGUUUCUGGGUGAAUCUGAGCCGACCUAUUGUACGCAAAAUGUAUGCUGUUCUACUCCUGCAGGCUUUAUUUGGAACCUACUUGAGCUCAAAGCACUACGAUAUCUACCUGAAAAUGUUAAAAAUACCAGAUUCUGAAAGUGAAGAGAUUCAUGAUUGACUUAAUACUGGAAAUAAAAGUUCAUUAUUUACUCACACCCAAGUCAUUUCCAAAAUUGUACAAGUUUCUCUUCUGUGGAACUCAAGAAUAUUUUAAAGAAUGUUGGCAAUCAAACAUAACUUCCACUGAAGACACAAAAACCAAGACAUUUCUCAGUGUUCCACAGAAGGCAGUAAUUUUUGAAUGACAUGAGGGUAAAAUGGAAAAUAAAUAUUUUGGGUUAACGCUCCUUAAGACAUUGUAAAUAUUUUGUUCAAAUUAAACAUCGUAAUUCAAAGCCUUAUGUCUGUUUUUCAGAUGUGUUUAUUUCAAUUGUUCUGAUAAUUCAUCAACAAUAAACUUUGCAUAUGUG